AAAAAAAAAAAAAAAAAGAAAAAGAAAAAGAAAAUGUUGCAAUCAAGAGUCGCAUUUAUCGGCGGAGGCAACAUGGCGGAAGCCAUUCUUGGUGGCCUUCUUGCUUGUGGCUAUCCUCUUUCUCAAUGUGUUGUCUCAGAACCCAUGCAGGCUCGUUGUGAAUUCCUUCAAAAGAAAUAUCCAGGUCUACAAGUCCUCUCCGGCCCACAAGCUAACCAAUUGGCCGUUAGUGGAUCCAAUUCUUCUCAGCGGAUCACUACGAUGAUUACAGAAGGUGCUAUUCAUGUCAACCCGACGGCUUCUUCCAUGGACUUUGCACCUGCAGAAGUCGUCAUCUUGGCUGUCAAACCUCAAGUACUUCAACCCGUUGUUUCAAGUUUAAGCCCAGCUUUACAAGCUCGUCAACCUCUUGUCAUCUCGAUCGCUGCAGGGAUCGAAACUCGUGCAAUCGCUCAAUUUAUGACUGAAGGAACUCAGUAUUUACCCAAGGACAUGCCCCCUGUCAUCCGUGUAAUGCCCAAUACCCCCUCACUCGUCAACGAAGGCGCUGCAGGGCUCUAUGCUACAUCGGAUACUACCCAACAACAACGUGAAAUCGCAGAGUCAUUGAUGGCUGCGGUUUCAAAACAAGUAUCUUGGGUCGAGAAAGAAAGCUUGAUCGACACAGUCACAGGUGUGUCGGGAUCAGGUCCAGCUUAUUUCUUCCUGAUGAUGGAAGCUAUGGAGGAUGCUGCUGUCAAGUUGGGAAUGGACCGUGAGACAGCAAAGGCUUUGACUAUUCAGACAUGUUUGGGCGCAGCCAAAAUGGCUCAAUCAAGUUCAGAUGAUCUUAAGACCCUUCGGGUCAAAGUCACAUCCCCGCAAGGAACUACUGACGCCGCAAUCAAGACCUUUGAGAAGGGUGGAUUACGUGAGUUGGUUUAUGAGAGUGUUAAGGCUGCAGAUUCGAGGAGUAAGAGCUUGGCAACUGAGUUGGGCGGCAACAACGCAAAAUUAUAAAGCUAUAAUUUAAUUUCCUUUUUUUUUUCUUACAACCUUGUACACAUACCUCACACUCGCACGCGCAUAAAAUGUGAACAAACAGUCUUCCUUCAAGCAUAUUUCUUUCAUGUAAUUAUUUAAUAAAGAUUAGUCGUAGCAGCAUCCA